CCCCAAACCUCAAACAUGUCUCUGUCAAAACAAACUCCACUAUAUAUAAUCACACAAACUCUUCUCCCUCAAAAUACCUACGUUUCUGUCUUUCUGUCUAAGAUCACUGUCAUUCAUAUACACUAAACUUUUUUUAAUAAAGUUUCCGUUUUUGUGCGUUUUUGAAUGACCCUUUUACCCUCAUUCAUCCACUAGCAAAAACACCUUUUUAGUUUUAUAAAUCAAAACCACUUUCAAUUCCAAACCCACCAAACACCAAUUUUCAUUCUAAGCCUUCAAUGGCUUCCAUGGCUACCCUUUUGUCCAAAACCCCUUUCCCUUCUCCUCACUCUUUGUCAAAAUCCUUUGACACCCAUUUUUCACCUUCCAUCAGAGUCAACGUAGCAGUCAAAACCAAACCCAGAACCCAUCGCAAACUCCGAGUUUCAUCCGGUUUGAUUGAACCGGAUAGUGGAAAAUUGGUGGAGCUUGUGGUUGAAGAUUCAAAGAGAGAUUUGAAAAAAGGUGAAGCUUUAUCACUUCCAAGGAUUAAGCUUUCAAGAAUUGAUAUUGAAUGGGUUCAUGUACUUAGUGAAGGGUGGGCUACCCCACUUGGUGGUUUCAUGAGAGAAAGAGAGUUCCUCCAAACGCUUCAUUUCAAUUCACUUAGACUCGAUGAUGGGUCUGUGGUGAAUAUGUCUGUUCCGAUUGUUUUAGCCAUUGAUGAUGCGCAGAAACAUCGGAUCGGUGAUUCUAAAAAAGUUGCUCUUUUUGAUUCAAAGGGUAACCCUGUUGCUAUUCUCAAAGAUAUUGAAAUUUAUAAGCACCCUAAAGAAGAAAGGAUAGCUCGUACUUGGGGAACAACUGCCCCUGGCCUACCUUAUGUUGAUCAAACUAUAACUAAUGCUGGAAAUUGGCUGAUUGGUGGUGACCUAGAGGUUAUAGAACCCAUCAAGUAUCAUGAUGGACUUGAUCAUUUCCGUCUGUCCCCUUCACAGCUCCGUGAUGAAUUCACAAGGCGCAAUGCAGAUGCUGUGUUUGCAUUUCAGCUCAGGAAUCCUGUCCACAAUGGUCAUGCUUUGUUAAUGACUGAUACCCGCAAGCGUCUUCUUGAUAUGGGUUACAAGAAUCCAAUCCUCUUGCUUCAUCCACUUGGAGGCUAUACCAAAGCUGAUGAUGUCCCACUUGAUUGGCGAAUGAAACAACAUGAGAAGGUACUCGAGGAUGGUGUUCUUGAUCCAGAGACAACAGUGGUAUCCAUAUUCCCAUCUCCCAUGCAUUAUGCUGGACCAACUGAGGUGCAGUGGCAUGCAAAGGCUAGGAUCAAUGCAGGAGCUAACUUCUACAUUGUCGGCCGUGACCCUGCAGGCAUGGGCCAUCCAGUUGAGAAGAGAGAUCUAUAUGACGCUGACCAUGGAAAGAAAGUAUUGAGCAUGGCACCUGGACUGGAGCGCCUAAACAUUCUUCCAUUCAAGGUUGCUGCAUAUGACAAGACUCAGGGUAAAAUGGCAUUCUUUGAUCCAUCAAGACCUCAGGACUUCAUCUUCAUAUCAGGCACAAAGAUGCGCACACUCGCUAGGAACAAAGAAAGUCCUCCGGAUGGAUUUAUGUGCCCUGGUGGCUGGAAAGUGCUAGUUGACUACUAUGAUAGUUUAGCACUAUCAAGCAAUGGCAAAGUUCCGGAACCUGUUCCGGUCUAGUGUUAGUGUUGUAUUUUAAUGUAUAACCGAUUGGGAGAAACCUUAAGCUUAUUAUUAUGCAUACUCCUGCUAGGACACUGAUUUCACAAAGAUCCUCUAUGGCACAAUCCUUUUAAUAAAUUGAAAAGUUUGGGAUGGCAUUUGCAUAGAGACACAUUGCCUCUGUAAGUAUGGCUUGCAGUGUUGCCUCUUGCAGUUAUAGUGCCACUUCUUUGUAAUAUAAUAGAUUGUGGUUUGCAAAGGAUUUGGUUUGGUUUGAGUGUUUACAUUCACUGCAUUUUAUACUAUUAUUGUUUUCAACAUGAA